CUCGCGACCACUCAAAUCCCACGGAAAUCCGCCGCCCGCGUGGUAAGACCUUCUAGAACAGAACAAAAGAAGGAAGUUCUUUUUAAAAACCCCAUCGUUUCGAUUUCUCUCAGCUUAAAAUCCAAUCCCAGAUCUAUUGCCUUCGAAUCGCUCAAAACCCUGCUCCUCCAAUCUUUCUGUGAGAGCUUCCAGUCUAAAGUCCCUGUGAGGGAUUAGGAUUUUUGGUGAUCGGAAGGAUGGCGAACAUCGACAUAGAGGGGAUCUUGAAGGAGCUGCCGAACGAUGGCCGGGUGCCAAAGACGAAGAUCGUGUGCACGCUGGGCCCUGCGUCGAGGUCGGUGCCGAUGCUGGAGAAGCUGCUGAGGGCGGGGAUGAACGUGGCGAGGUUCAAUUUUAGCCAUGGGAGCCACGAAUACCAUCAGGAGACGCUCGAUAAUCUCAGGAUCGCCAUGCAGAGCACCCGGAUUCUCUGCGCCGUCAUGCUUGACACGAAGGGUCCGGAGAUCCGUACUGGCUUCUUGAAGGAUGGAAAACCUAUCCAGCUGAAGGAGGGUCAAGAAAUAACAAUAAGCACUGAUUACAGCAUUAAGGGCGAUGAGAACAUGAUUUCCAUGAGCUACAAGAAACUUCCUGUAGAUUUGAAGCCUGGAAAUACCAUAUUAUGCUCGGAUGGUACUAUAACCCUUACUGUCCUGUCAUGUGAUCCAGAUGCUGGAACUGUGAGAUGCCGUUGUCAGAACACUGCUAUGUUAGGUGAGAGGAAGAAUGUCAAUCUGCCAGGUAUUGUGGUGGAUCUCCCAACACUGACAGAGAAAGAUAAAGAAGACAUCUUGGGAUGGGGUGUUCCCAACAGUAUUGAUAUGAUUGCGCUGUCCUUUGUGCGCAAGGGGUCCGAUCUUGUUCAUGUUCGAGAAGUUCUUGGGCCUCAUGCAAAACGCAUAAAAUUAAUGUCAAAGGUUGAAAACCAGGAGGGGGUGGUUAACUUUGAUGAUAUCUUGAGGGAGACAGAUUUCUUCAUGGUUGCUCGUGGUGAUCUUGGAAUGGAGAUACCAGUUGAGAAGAUUUUCCUUGCUCAGAAAAUGAUGAUUUACAAAUGCAACCUUGUGGGUAAGCCUGUAGUGACUGCCACCCAGAUGCUAGAAUCUAUGAUCAAAUCCCCUCGCCCAACACGUGCUGAAGCCACUGACGUUGCCAAUGCUGUUCUCGAUGGCACGGACUGUGUCAUGCUCAGUGGUGAAAGUGCAGCUGGAGCCUACCCUGAGCUGGCAGUGAAGAUCAUGGCUCGGAUUUGUGUUGAGGCAGAGUCCUCCCUUGACUAUGAUGCCAUCUUCAAGGAGAUGAUAAGGUCUGCUCCUCUUCCUAUGAGCCCAUUGGAGAGCCUUGCAUCCUCAGCUGUCCGCACAGCUAACAAGGCCAAGGCUGCACUGAUUGUUGUCUUGACACGUGGUGGGACCACUGCCAAGCUAGUGGCCAAGUAUCGACCUCGAGUUCCAGUUUUCUCAGUGGUUGUCCCAGUGUUGACAACAGAUUCAUUUGAUUGGACUGUCAGCGACGAAAGCCCAGCUAGGUUAAGCCUUGUUCACAGGGGUCUUAUCCCGCUGCUGGCGGAGGGUUCUGCCAAAGCUACUGAUUCAGAGUCAACAGAGGUGAUACUGAAGGCUGCACUGAAGUGUGCCAUGCAGAAGCUGUUGUGCAAACCAGGCGAUUCUAUUGUUGUUCUGCACCGCAUCGGUGUUGCGUCUGUUAUAAAGAUCUGCAUCGUGAAAUGAAUGAUUAAUGGAUGAAACCAAAAAUUUCCAUUUAUAAUGCUGUUUUUGUUUUAAUUUGUAGUAUAUCCUGCAGUCUGCAGGGAAGAUCUAAUGAGCUGGGUGUUAGAGGAACUCCCAUGUCGUUCAGGAGCCUUGUGUUGGUUACUGUAUUUCAUGAUGCAAGCUUUCGGUUGACUAUCACCGAUUUCUGAGUGUUCUUGAGUAAAUGAAUAACGAGCUUUGUAAUUGAGCUUUCAGUUUGCCGGGAAGAUCUUAUUAUGCAUAUGAGCUUUGUAAUUGAGCAAUUUCUGAA